CGUCAGUGCUAGCUAACGUUAGCUAAACAAAACCAGCAUGAUACACUCACCAGGCUCUGAAAUAGCCUGCGCCAAACCUGUACUCCUUGGACGUGCUAGGGUGUGGAGGAUGCUAUCUUUCCAGUUUAGCGUAAUGUCUCUGUUUGGUGUAAAUUAUGUGUUACCUUACAAGCUUGAUAAUAUGUUUUACUAGCUAACCAGACUUGCUAGCUAACGUUAGCUGUAGCGUCUACAACAUUGACCUGAUAAAGUCGUCCAAAUGGUGAUCAUGUCAGGCACAGCCACUGUGCUGCAACAGUUUGUCAGUGGCCUGAAGAGUCGAAAUGAAGACACCAGAGCAAAAUCUGCCAAAGAUCUGCAGCACUAUGUGACUACAGAGCUCAGAGAGUUAAGCCAAGAUGAAGCCACUACAUUCUAUGAUGAGUUAAACCACCACAUAUUUGAGCUGGUAUCCAGCUCUGAUGUGAAUGAGAAGAAAGGAGGGAUUCUCGCCAUAGUGAGUCUGAUAGGAGUUGAGGGAGGCAAUGCCACCAGGAUCAGCCGCUUUGCCAACUACCUGCGCAACCUGCUCCCCUCCAGUGACCCUGUGGUGAUGGAGAUGGCCUCUAAAGCCAUGGGCCACCUGUCUAUGGCAGGGGACACCUUCACUGCUGAGUAUGUAGAGUUUGAGGUGAAGAGGGCUCUGGAGUGGCUGGGAGCAGACAGGAAUGAAGGCAGACGCCACGCUGCAGUGUUGGUGUUGAGGGAGCUGGCUGUGAGUGCGCCCACCUUCUUCUUUCAGCAAGUGCAACCCUUCUUCGACAACAUCUUCUAUGCAGUAUGGGACCCCAAGCAGGCUAUCCGAGAGGGGGCUGUGUCUGCCCUGCGAGCCUGUCUCAUCCUCACUACACAGAGGGAGACCAAGGAAAUGCAGAAACCACAGUGGUACAAACAAACCUUUGAGGAGGCAGAAAAGGGAUUUGAUGAGACUUUGGCCAAAGAGAAAGGGAUGAACCGCGAUGACAGGGUCCACGGUGCUCUUCUUAUCCUGAACGAGUUGGUUCGCAUCAGCAGCAUGGAAGGAGAGCGCAUGCGUGAAGAGAUGGAGGAGAUCACACAGCAGCAGCUCGUCCACGAUAAGUACUGCAAGGAGCUGAUGGGAUUUGGAACCAAGCCCCGCCACAUCACACCGUUCACCAGCUUCCAGUCAGUGCAGCCACCGCAGUCCAAUGCUCUUCUGGGCCUGCUGGGCUACAGCACACCUCAGGGCUUCCUCAGCUUCGGGGCCACACCAGUGCCUGCCAAGAGCUCGCUGGUGGAGAGCAGAUACUGCCGAGAGCUGAUGGAGGAGCGAUUUGACCAGGUGUGUCGGUGGGUGCUGAAAUACAAAACCAGUAAGAACCCUCUGAUCCAGAUGACCAUCCUCAACCUGCUCCCACGCCUUGCUGCCUUCCAGCCACAUACCUUUACAGACCAAUACCUGUCAGACACUAUGGGCUACCUGCUGGGCUGUCUGAAGAAGGAGAAGGAGAGGACUGCAGCUUUCCAGGCUCUGGGGCUGCUGGUAGUGGCUGUCAGGGCAGAAAUCCAGCCGUACCUCUCCAAGAUCCUUGAGAUCAUCAAGGCUGCCCUGCCACCCAAAGACUUUGCACACAAGAGGCAGAAGACCAUGCAGGUAGACGCCACAGUGUUCACCUGUAUCAGCAUGCUUUCCAGAGCCAUGGGUCCCAGCAUCCAACCAGACAUCAAGGAGCUGCUGGAGCCCAUGCUCGCUGUGGGCCUCAGUCCUGCAUUGACAGCGGUGCUGUACGACCUGAGCCGUCAGAUCCCCCAGCUGAAGAAGGACAUCCAGGACGGUCUGCUGAAGAUGCUUUCCCUGGUGUUGAUGCACAAGCCACUGCGUCACCCCGGCAUGCCUAAAGGCCUGGCUCACCAGCUGGCCUCACCAAGCCUCACCAACAUUCCAGAAGCCAGCGACGUAGGAAGCAUCACACUGGCCCUACGCACGUUGGGAAGCUUUGAAUUUGAGGGACACUCCCUCACCCAGUUUGUGCGCCAUUGUGCUGACCACUUCUUGAACAGUGAGCACAAGGAGAUCCGGAUGGAGGCAGCUCGGACCUGCUCACGCCUCCUCACCCCCUCCAUCCACCUGAUCAGUGGCCAUGUUGUCAGUCAGACAGCAGUGCAGGUUGUUGCGGAUGUGCUAAGCAAGCUGCUGGUUGUUGGCAUCACUGACCCAGAUCCAGACAUUCGAUACUGUGUGCUGGCGUCUCUUGAUGAACGCUUUGAUGCUCACCUUGCCCAGGCUGAGAAUUUGCAGGCGCUGUUUGUGGCACUGAAUGAUGAGGUGUUUGAGAUCAGAGAGCUAGCCAUCUGCACAAUCGGACGCCUCAGCAGCAUGAACCCCGCCUUUGUCAUGCCCUUCCUACGCAAGAUGCUCAUUCAGAUCUUAACAGAGUUGGAGCACAGUGGUGUUGGCAGGAACAAAGAGCAGAGCGCCCGUAUGCUUGGUCAUCUGGUCUCCAAUGCCCCCCGCCUCAUACGGCCAUAUAUGGAGCCCAUCCUUAAGGCUCUCAUACUCAAGCUAAAAGACCCAGACCCCAACCCUGGAGUAGUCAUCAGUGUCCUUGCAACCAUCGGCGAGUUGGCUCAGAGGGUAGAGCACCACCCAUGGAUGUGUGCCUUGCUCCAACCUGUUGUCCAGGUGGUUCGAUGGUCCCCACUGAAGAGUCAGGGAAGCAGAUUUAGAAGCAGGCAGACCCUGCAGUGCAGACAGAGUGCAGGAGAUGCGCAGGUAGAUCAAGUGUUCUUGGUUGAAUCAGUGCAGGAAGAGGCAGAAGCCCAGCUGUUCAGGAACCAACUCAGGAAGAUGCAAGAAAACGUGAGUGGCCUGGAGAUGAGGAAGUGGAUGGAUGAGCUUUUUCCAAUCAUUAUGGACAUGCUGCAGGACUCCUCCUCAUUGGCCAAGCGACAGGUGGCGUUGUGGACCUUGGGCCAACAGGUGGCCAGUACAGGCUAUGUGGUAGAGCCCUACCGCAAGUAUCCUUCCCUUCUGGAGGUGCUGCUCAACUUCCUGAAGACAGAGCAAAACCAGGGCAUCAGGAGAGAGGCCAUCCGUGUACUGGGUCUUCUCGGAGCUCUUGACCCCUACAAGCACAAGGUGAACAUUGGCAUGAUUGACCAGUCACGAGACGCCUCCGCCGUCAGCCUCUCUGAAUCCAAGUCGAGUCAGGACUCAGCGGACUACAGCACCAGUGAAAUGCUAGUGAACAUGGGCAACCUGCCCCUGGAUGAGUUUUACCCUGCGGUGGCAAUCGUCACUCUGAUGCGCAUCCUGAGGGACCCUUCACUCUCCAACCACCAUACUAUGGUGGUCCAGGCUGUCACCUUCAUCUUUAAGUCUCUGGGCCUCAAGUGUGUCCAAUUCCUGCCCCAGGUCAUGCCCACUUUUCUCAACGUCAUCCGUGUCUGUGAUGCUAGUAUCCGAGAGUUCCUCUUCCAGCAGAUGGGAAUGGUUGUGUGCUUUGUCAAGAUCCACAUCCGCCCCUACAUGGAUGACAUCUUCACCCUCAUCAGAGAGUACUGGACACCAAACAACCCCAUGCAAAACACCAUCAUCCUUCUGAUCGAGCAGAUUGUUGUGGCUCUAGGUGGAGAGUUCAAGCUUUACCUUCCUCAGCUCAUCCCACACAUGUUGCGUGUCUUCAUGCACGACAACAGCACUGGACGCAGUGUUACCAUCAAGCUACUGAACGCCAUCCAGCUGUUUGGUGCCAACCUAGACGACUACCUCCACUUGUUGUUGCCUCCCAUUGUCAAACUCUUUGAUGCCCCUGAUGUGCCCCUGCAGGCCCGCAAGGUUGCCUUGGAGACACUGGACCGUUUGACAGAAUCCCUGGACUUCACCGACUAUGCUUCACGUAUUAUCCACCCAAUUGUUCGGACACUUGACAGUACGCCUGAGCUGCGCUCCACCUCUAUGGACACCCUGUCCUCGCUAGUGUUCCAGCUGGGCAAGAAGUACCAGAUCUUCAUCCCCAUGGUCAAUAAAGUGAUGCUGAAGCACAGGAUCAACCACCAGCGUUAUGACAUACUUAUAUGUCGUAUUGUUAAGGGCUACACUCUGGCAGAGGAGGAAGAGGACCCUCUAAUCUUCCAACAUCGCCAACUUCGUGGUAAUGGCGAUGCCCUGGUCAGCGGGCCGGUAGAAGCGGGGCCUAUGAAGAAGCUUCAUGUCAGCACAACAGCACUUCAGAAGGCUUGGGGUGCUGCCAGGAAGGUGUCCAAAGAUGACUGGCUGGAGUGGCUGAGGCGCCUGAGUGUUGUCCUGCUGAAGGAGUCCUCCUCCCCGGCCCUACGAUCGUGCUGGUCACUGGCCCAAACCUAUAUCCCUCUGGCCAGGGAUCUGUUCAACGCGGCAUUUCUGUCUUGUUGGUCCGAGCUGAGUGAGGACCAGCAGGAUGAGCUCAUCCGCAGCAUUGAGUUAGCUCUCACCUCGCAGGACAUUGCUGAGGUCACACAGACUCUGCUCAACUUGGCAGAGUUCAUGGAGCACAGUGACAAGGGCCCUUUGCCUCUGAGAGAUGAUAAUGGCAUUGUGCUGCUCGGCGAGAGGGCUGCCAAGUGUCGUGCCUAUGCCAAAGCUCUGCAUUACAAAGAGCUGGAGUUUCAGAAGGGUCCUUCUCCUCUCAUCCUGGAGUCUCUUAUCAGUAUCAACAAUAAAUUGCAGCAGCCAGAAGCCGCAUCUGGAGUGCUGGAGUACGCCAUGAAACAUUUUGGUGAGCUGGAAAUUCAAGCCACCUGGUACGAGAAGCUGCAUGAGUGGGAAGAUGCCCUGGUGGCAUAUGACAAGAAGAUCGACAUGAACAAAGAGGAUCCAGAGCUCAUCCUCGGCAGAAUGCGCUGCUUAGAGGCCUUGGGAGAAUGGGGCCAGUUGCACCAGCAGUGCUGUGAGGAGUGGACAUUGGUCAGUGAGGAAACCCAGGCCAAGAUGGCUCGUAUGGCUGCCGCUGCUGCCUGGGGUCUAGGGCACUGGGACAGCAUGGAGGAGUACACGUGUAUGAUCCCAAGAGACACACAUGAUGGUGCUUUCUAUAGAGCAGUGCUAGCGCUGCAUCAGGACCUCUUCUCAUUGGCCCAGCAGUGUAUUGACAAAGCAAGAGACCUCCUGGAUGCUGAGCUGACAGCCAUGGCUGGAGAGAGCUACAGUCGAGCCUACGGGGCCAUGGUCUCUUGCCAGAUGCUGUCAGAGUUGGAGGAGGUGAUCCAGUACAAGCUGGUGCCAGAGAGGAGGGACAUCAUCAGGGAAACAUGGUGGGAGAGGCUUCAGGGUUGUCAGCGUAUCGUAGAAGACUGGCAAAGGAUCCUGAUGGUCAGAUCCCUGGUGAUCAGCCCACACGAGGACAUGAGGACUUGGUUGAAGUACGCCAGUCUCUGUGGCAAGAGUGGACGCCUGGCAUUGGCCCAUAAGACUCUGGUGCUGCUUCUGGGUGUUGACCCCUCCAAGCAACUCGAUCACCCACUGCCCACAGCCCACCCACACGUCACCUAUGCUUAUAUGAAGUACAUGUGGAAGAGUGCCCGCAAGAUCGAUGCCUUCCAGCAUAUGCAGCAUUUUGUGCAAGGAAUGCAACAGCAAGCCCAGCACGCCAUCGCUGCCGAGGACCAACAGCACAAGCAGGAGCUCCACAAACUGAUGGCCAGAUGUUUCCUGAAGCUGGGUGAGUGGCAGCUCAGUCUGCAGGGCAUCAACGAAAGCACCAUCCCCAAGGUUCUGCAGUAUUACAGCCAUUCCACGGAACAUGACCGAAACUGGUACAAGGCCUGGCAUGCCUGGGCCGUGAUGAAUUUCGAGGCGGUGCUGCACUACAAACACCAGAACCAGGGACGCGAUGAGAAGAAGAAACUGCGACAUGCCAGUGGUGCCAGUGCUAACAGUGAAGCCAGCAACAGUGACAGCGAGGUUGACAGCACCGACCACAGUCCUGUGCCUUCACCUGGCCAGAAAAAGGUUAAUGAGGACCUCUCGAAGACGUUGCUCCUGUACACAGUUCCUGCUGUUCAAGGUUUCUUCCGCUCCAUUUCCCUGUCCAGAGGCAAUAACCUGCAGGACACACUCAGGGUUCUGACACUGUGGUUUGACUAUGGUCACUGGCCUGAAGUGAAUGAAGCUCUGGUGGAGGGCAUCAAGACCAUUCAAAUAGACACCUGGCUACAGGUGAUCCCUCAGCUCAUAGCUCGAAUCGACACCCCUCGAGCCCUGGUGGGUCGCCUCAUCCACCAGCUGCUAACAGACAUUGGACGCUAUCAUCCCCAAGCUUUGAUCUACCCACUGACUGUGGCGUCCAAGUCCACCACCACCGCCCGCCACAAUGCUGCUAACAAAAUCCUCAAGAACAUGUGUGAACACUGCAACACUCUGGUUCAGCAGGCCAUCAUGGUGAGCGAGGAGCUUAUCCGAGUAGCCAUCUUGUGGCAUGAGAUGUGGCACGAAGGCCUUGAAGAGGCUUCACGUCUUUACUUUGGUGAGCGCAACGUCAAGGGCAUGUUUGCUGUGCUGGAGCCUCUACAUGCUAUGAUGGAAAGGGGACCACAGACCCUCAAAGAGACCUCUUUUAAUCAGGCUUAUGGCAGGGACUUGAUGGAGGCUCAAGACUGGUGCAGGAAGUACAUGCGCUCUGGAAACGUAAAAGACUUGACUCAGGCCUGGGACCUCUACUACCACGUGUUUAGACGCAUCUCCAAACAGUUACCACAGCUGACCUCCUUGGAGCUGCAAUAUGUGUCUCCAAAGCUGCUGAUGUGCCGGGACCUGGAGCUGGCUGUACCAGGCACUUAUGACCCCAACCAGGCUAUCAUCCGCAUCCAGUCCAUCGCCCCCUCCCUGCAGGUCAUCACCUCCAAGCAGCGCCCACGCAAACUCACCAUCAUGGGCAGUAAUGGCCAUGAGUUCAUGUUCCUGUUGAAGGGCCACGAGGACCUGAGGCAGGAUGAGAGAGUCAUGCAGCUGUUUGGUCUGGUCAACACACUGCUGGCCAAUGACCCCGCGUCCUUGCGCAAGAACCUCAGCAUCCAGCGCUAUGCAGUAAUCCCGCUGUCCACCAACUCAGGCCUGAUUGGCUGGGUGCCCCACUGUGACACCCUGCAUGCCCUCAUCAGAGACUACAGAGAGAAGAAAAAGAUUUUACUCAACAUUGAACAUCGCAUCAUGCUCAGGAUGGCCCCGGACUACGACCACCUGACGCUGAUGGAGAAGGUGGAGGUGUUUGAGCACGCUGUCAACAACACAGCCGGAGACGACCUGGCUAAGCUCUUGUGGCUCAAGAGCCCCAGCUCUGAGGUGUGGUUUGACAGGAGGACCAAUUACACGCGCUCCCUGGCUGUGAUGUCAAUGGUGGGCUACAUCCUCGGAUUGGGUGACAGGCAUCCUUCCAACUUGAUGUUAGACCGUUUAAGCGGCAAGAUCCUCCACAUUGACUUUGGAGACUGUUUUGAGGUCGCCAUGACCAGAGAGAAGUUCCCUGAAAAGAUCCCGUUCAGACUGACGAGGAUGCUGACCAACGCCAUGGAGGUGACGGGCUUGGACGGAAACUACCGCAUCACCUGCCACACAGUGAUGGAGGUGCUGAGGGAGCACAGAGACAGCGUCAUGGCUGUGCUGGAGGCCUUCGUCUACGACCCGUUGCUCAACUGGAGGCUCAUGGACACAAACACCAAAGGCAACAAGCGUUCCCGUACCAGGACUGACUCGUACACCGCUGGACAGUCAGUGGAGGCUCUUGAGGGAAUAGACCUUGGAGAGACCACACACAAGAAACCAGGGACCACAGUGCCUGAAUCCAUUCACUCUUUCAUUGGAGAUGGCUUGGUACAGCCUGAGGCACUCAACAAGAAAGCUAUUCAGAUUAUUAACAGAGUGCGAGACAAGCUUACAGGUCGAGACUUCUCUCAUGAUGAGACUCUGGAUGUGCCAACACAAGUAGAGCUGCUCAUCAAGCAAGCCACAUCACAUGAGAACCUGUGCCAGUGCUACAUUGGAUGGUGUCCAUUUUGGUGAAGGACGGUCUUUGGCAGCCAAGGUUACGCUUGACAUUCUUUCUCACUGAUAAACCAAGAAGAAGCACUCGAUUCAAACAGCUGUCCACUGAACAAUGUACUUAAUUCACAGUGCACAGCAUUUGAGAAUAUUUUUUUUUCUUGUUUUAGAAUUAUCUGACUUUUCAGUGGCAUGUUUUAAAUUUAUGAGAAAGUUCCUUAAGAGCUCUAUUUUUACCUGAUUAUCAUAACUUAAGUCAACAAGCAUUCAUUUCUUAAAAUGACUCUCCACAACUUGAACAUUAUAAUAUCCUGCUAAAAGCUUUCUACAGUGGCCAUAUUGUAAUAAGUUAUGAUAUUUCUUACUCCACACACUAUAUGCUUCAUAGAAACCCACCAGUCAGUUGUAUCAUUGUUUAUUAAUGUGACAAAUUUCAACAAUAUGGUAUGCCUUUUAAUAAAUUAAACAUUCUUUAAAUGUUACCCAUGACAAGGUAUAAGUGAAAUUUGAUCUGAGAUGAUUAUAAUAUACUGUAUGGGCAUUUGUGUGCCAUUAAACCUUGUACAGAUA